AUGGUCUUACAUCGACUCAUCCAGAGAUACCACAUAAAUUUAGUGCAGAAAUUUAGUGCAGAAAUUGACAAGUUUCAUUUUCACCCUGUGUCCUGUGACGUGAUUCGUAAAAUUGUGUGUUCUUUUCCAUCCAAUAAGUCCCCUGGACCAGAUAAAGUUUCUGUGAAAGUGAUCAAAGAUGCCUUACCAUACAUUCUUCAACCUCUUACGGAUAUUGUUAACUGCUCUUUAAGAGAAUCUUUGUUUCCCAGCACCUGCAAGUUGUCAGAAGUUAUUCCCCUAUUAAAAGAAGGGGAUCACAAAAUUGCUAAAAAUAAUCGGCCAAUUUCCUUGCUACUUGCUGCAUCAAAGAUCUGCGAGCAUGUAGUUUUGGAACAAUUUACCGCAUAUGUGGAACAGAAGAAAUGCUUAAGCGUACACCAAAGUGGAAACAGGAAGCUGCACUCCACUGAAACAUUGAAUUUAUUUAUAUCGGAUAAGAUCUUAAAGUCUAUGGACGACAAGGAGGUCGUAGCUGUAAUUCUACUAGACCUUUCUAAAGCAUUUGACAGUAUCGAUCAUGUAUUGCUUCUAAAAAAGCUCCAAGUAUUGGGAGUGUCCGAUGACGCUUUAUGUUGGUUUAAAAGUUACUUGACAGGACGACAGCAGGUUGUGCGCAUUGGAUCGACUGUCUCUGAAACACGCACACUCAAUCAUGGCGUUCCGCAGGGCUCAAUUCUCGGUCCCAUGUUAUUCAACAUAUAUAUUAAUGAUUUACCUAUGGUACCAAAGAAUGGUAAUUUGAAGUCUUACGUCGACGACUCGAAGCUACUUUUGUCAUUUUCCGUCAAUGAAGUGAACUCAGCGGCUGCUAAGCUUAACGAAGAUCUACGGAGAGUCGUUUCUUGGUGUUCUCUAAAUAGUCUGCUUAUUAAUCCCAAUAAGACGAAAUUACUUGUGUUCGCAACUUGUUAUAUGUUGAAACAGAUACCGGCAGAUUUCCAUAUUUUACUAUUGGGGAAAAAACUGUUUCCUGUGACCUCAGCCACUGAUCUAGGCGUGACACUGAAUAGUGGUUUGACGUACGAUGAACACGUCACAAAACUGGUUUCCUCUUGUGUCGGUAGCCUGUGUCAAAUUAAUAGAGCAAGGCACCUUUUUGAUAUGAAGACGUUAAUUCUUUUAAUAAACACAUUGGUUUUUAGUAAACUCUAUUACUGUUCAACCAUAUGGUCUAAUUCAUCGAAGAAAAACAUUGCAAAAUUGCAAAAAGUUCAGAAUUUCGCAGCACGUAUUGUCACAGGCACAAAAAAAUUCGACCAUAUCACUCCUUCUUUAAAACAGCUUAACUGGUUACCAGUCAAUUAUAUGUUGCGAUUCCGAGAUACAGUAAAGGCUUAUAAAUGUGUUAAUGGUAUGGCCCCAUCAUAUUUAUGUUGUAUGUUCCAAACAAGAUCACAAUUACACAAUUUGAACACAAGAUCUAGCGAAUUAUUGGAAAUACCUUUAUAUAGAACAGCGACCGGACAACGUUCUUUUCGCUACCGAGCUUCUUGUUUAUGGAAUAGUUUGCCAGAAUGGCUAAAAGACCAUAAUCUUAAUUUGGAACGUUUUAAAUGCAGGCUACGAAGUUAUUUGGUUCAACAAUUUCUCGAUGAACAGAACUGA